GUCCGCUCUGGCUCUGUUCUGUGCCGCUACAGUAGCGGUGGCAGGACUCGUGCUUUUUAGCCACGAAGGGAAAGACAUUGACUUGGUGCGAUUGGCGAAGAGAAAAAAGUAUGUUGGUAAAAGUUUGCUUCCCGUCCAAUUUUCCCUGCCUUGCACGCGGUGCAAAGAAUACGAGCAUGACAAAGGACUAUUUAUUAGGGGGUAUUCUUCGCUUGUGCACGGUUCUCCGCUGGCGGAACUAAGAGUGGCAGUGCUUGAUAGAAACUAACAGCCAACGGCAGGACGGUGCCGUAUCGUUCCGUAAUAAUGGAGGUACAACCAUCGGCGGGAGCCGCAGCACCAGCAACCACAACCUCUGUGGCCACAGCGGGAGCCACAACCGUUCCGGCAGUUGCGCUAGCAGGAAGUACCGGACCGCCACUACGUAAACCGGCUCCGAAUGUGAGUUCUAAGACAGGACGCUUCUUUGGUUCGGCGUUCAAUAUCACCAAUCGCUACCGGGCCAACAGUAGCAACUUGGGUAAGGUCAGUUUGGCCAUAACCAAUCUGAAGGUUAUCCAUAACGUACCGUUACCCCCGCCAAUUUGUGCUAUGGUCUCCUCCGAUACACCACCGCUGCUGAAGUAUCAACCAACCUAUCAGCUGGAGUCGAAGAAUCCAUUCAAUCGAGAGGCAUGCGAGGACAUCUUACGCGAAUCGCUGGAUAAGUCCCUCCAGGGCGUUGAAUAUAAUUCGUACUUUGCUUCAUCGCUCUGCCAGCAGAUUUGCGAGGACGUUAAGGCGAAAGUUAAGGAGCUAAAUUUCGACCGAUAUAAAAUUGUCGUCACUGUUACGAUGGGUGAGCGCUACAUGCAGGGUCUUAAAGUGGUGUCCGAAUGCCUCUGGGAUCCGAAACGUGAUAACAAUGCUUCCUGCAUUUACGAUUCGUCACCUAGCCUGUUUGCCGUUGCUUCGAUUUAUGCUAUCUAUUUUGAUUGAAUUAAGUAGUUGUUCAUCACUGUGCUGUUUAAAAUUGAGCUUGUUAAUAUUUGCUUGUUAAAAUAUAUGUAUCAUUACAUCACAAUAAA